UGCUAUGUGCCGGUCUCAGUGUGAUGCUGCACUGUGGCCGGGAUGUGGGGGACUGGACGAGGAAAGUCAUGGCUGUUGGCGGCCGAAGGUGCGACCGGGGUCUGGGGAAUACCUCGGGCUCCAUGGAAGCUGAUGUUCGGCAGGGGCCGGUUGGCCGUUGGGAAACGAACGGCCGGCGAGCGGCGCAGGGUGCGCGCAGUGUGGGGGGCGCGCCUGCGCCCUGCCCCCCGUCACUGGGGCAGGGAGCCCUGAGCAGAGUCAUUGCCGCACAGCUGGAGCCGCGGCUGCCACUGCUCCCUGUUAGAGGCAGUGCCAGGUGGGGACCAACAAAGGUUGGGGGCCGUGCAGUGGGACGCCUCUCCCAAAUCCUCGCUGUGUUGCCCUUCUACACCCCACUGCUAAAACCUGCGAAUGUUUCCUCAGCUGAGACACUUGGCAAAAAAUACCCAUCACUGAAGCCCAGUGAAAUGGCUGGGAGUAUGAAAAUGGCUGGUGACUGUGCCCCUUGGGCUGGGACCCUCGGUGACAAUGAUACUUACACAACUAAAGGGUUUACCAACUGUGGAAAGGUUUGGUCCUGUCCUGUGUUUUAUCAGGGGGUGAAUGACAACUACCGUAGUGGGCUUUGGAUCCGAACGUUUCAACGGUUGAUCAGCUCAAAUGCCUCUGCAUUGCUUCAGGACAGUAACCGAUACCGUCAUUGUCAUUCUACUGGCAUGAAAGCACUACAACAAUGCAGAAUGUAUGGCUAUUAUAAAGACGAUGAGAGUUAUUUUGGUAAAAAUAAUGCUGUCCCACUUCCACGAGGGAACAACACAGUGUACUAUAGUAUUUUGAAAGUCUCUCCAAAUGCCACACAUAGUCAGAUCAAGUCUGCCUACUACAAGCAAUCAUUCAUUUACCAUCCAGAUAGAAAUGCAGGCAGUGAAGAGGCAGCAUUGAGGUUUACUCAAAUCAAUGAGGCAUAUUCUGUGCUGGGCAGUGUGAGUCUAAGGAAAAAGUAUGACCGAGGAAUUCUGACUCCUGCUGAUUUGCACAUUGGUAAAAAACCUUCGGACAAAGGCCAGGCCUCAACAAUAAAACAAACAAAGACUGGAAGUUCAGAAGAAAAGUUAAAUGAUGGGAAAUCAAACUUCAAUUUUGAUGAGUUCUACAAGGCUCACUAUGGAAGACAACUGGAGAUGGAGCAGUUACUGCGCCAGAGAAGGAUGCAGCUUCGCAAAAGCAGGGAAAAUUUUGAGAAAAGAUGGAAUCUUCAAAAGUUAAUCGAGAUGAUAGUGAUUGUUAUGCUUAUUACAGGAUUUCUCAUCUUAUUCAGUUUCAGGAGCAAAUAAAGAAAGAAAGCUUCUUUAGGAGUUGACAUUGAGGGCAAUGGGUUGUCAUAAUAGCCACAACUUGUAAGAUCCGCUCAUGGUUGGUGUAGUUACUGCAUUCUUAUAAUAACAGCAAGAUGUUUACUGCUGCAAUCAAAUGUCUUGGGGGACAAAACAAAUGCAAAUGCUGAAAAGAGUGUGGAGUACAGAGCAGGCCAGGCAAUGUCUGUAAAGUGGAAAGGAACUGUUCUGAACUUAAUCUAUUUUACUCUUUACAGACUCAGAUUGGCCUCCUGUGCAUUUUUGCUUUAUUUAUAAACAGCUUCAUCUUGUUUCUUUUAAUAUUGCCAGUUUUUAUGUGCUUGUUUCAUUUGGGUGCAGUUUAAAAAUAGCUAUGCCUGCAUUGUAGCAGCAAAUAACAAUGGAUCCUGAAAAGACUUAAAACAACAGUUAAUUUGCAUCAGCUUUUUGCUAAAAAGGCCAGGCUAAGGGCAACUAAACAUCAGUGCAAAGCAAUUCACUCUUUUUAUAGAAAUUUCCAGUAAGGUCAUUUCUAUAAAAUUCUUUAUUCCUCUCUAUUCACUUCUCUCAGGAGCCAGAUUGGAUCCUCAUUCCGGAUCAGCACAAUGCUUUUAACAACAUUACAGAUGGAGUGUAGUUGCAGUUUCAGUUAGCUUUCUACCUUUACAGACUGUCUGAUAUCCUAAAUAUACUAAAUCAUCAUCUACAAUCCCUGUGCUGGCUAACAUUGGCCUCCAAUUUGGCAAUUGAUCCCUUGGAUUUAAAAAAAAUCUCAUUCUUUUAUCAGGUAUUUUCAGAGUCUUGCACUUCCCCAACACUCAUCCAUUCCAAUCUUAAAACUUUCAAAUGUUUGCACUACUCCAUAUCUACCCAUGUGCAUUCCCACUUUGGUUCCCUUGCCUUCAUUUCUCUGGGCUCUAAGAUCUGGGAUUUCCUCCCAAAUCAAUUGAUCUUCAAAACCUACGUCACUACGCUUUUAAUUGCUUGCAUAAAGUGUGAUUUGAUAUCAAAUUUUGUUUGACCACCUUGGGACCUUUUACUACUUUAAAGAUAUAGAUGUGCAGUUUGUCUAUUUAAACAUUAAUUGUGGGGUUCUGAGUAUGUAUUUUCAUUUUUCCUGGUGCAGUUACAUUUGAAACUUCAAUAUUAAGACAUAAACACUACUGGAGGAUUAGAAAAACAGAAAAUUUGACAAACAAGUGUAAUUAAUGAUUAUGAUGCAGUGAUUGAAUCUUCACAGUAGGCCAUUUAGCACUUUGAUGCUGUUCUGAUAUUCAAUGAAAUUAUGGCUAAUUUGUGCCCGAGAUCCAAUUGUCUGCAUUUGUUCUAUGUUUCUUCUAUCCUUGCCAAUAUAAACUUUCAAUCUUGGUUUUGAAAAUUUCAGUUGUCCCAACGUGUCUGACCUUACUGGGCAGAAGAGUUAUCCAUUUCCAUUACUUUCCUAAUUUUCCCAAAUGGCUAAGCUUUUUUUUUAAGGUCGUAGACUAUUUUCUGAGGCGGUUUCUCUAUACCUAACAUAAAAUUUUUGUGUUGUUUGAAACACUGUUUAAAUCAUCCUGCCACCAUUUUAAUGAAAUAAUUUCUCAUAAUUAAAUUCAUGGUUUAGCCCCUCUUUUUGCAGUUUACAUUUCUUUCAACUACUUCAUUCCAAAACUGAAUGCAGUACUCUAGAGGGCCACUGUUGAGUGAGACAUAAUUUGCUCACAUUUGUGUUUCAGUUCUCCACAUAUAAAGGGCAACAUUCCAACAUCUUACAGACAGUAACCAUAAAACAAUCGUUUGAUACAAGAUUUGACACAUAGAAAUGAGAGCCAAGGUUGAUGACUCAUCACGGGUUUGUUCCAAACCCCUUGUCACCCCUAUCCUUUUCCAACCCUUAUCUUUGUAACCUCUCCUACCCCUGCAGCCCCUAUAGAUAUUUUUACUACUCCAAUUCUGACCAUUUCAACAUUUCUGAUUUUAAUCACACAACCACUGGUGGCCUUGGUUGCAGCUAGCCAGACCUCUAACACCCUCCCUAAAAUUCCCUAUCUCUCUUUCUUUAACAUACACCACAGAAUUCACCCCGAUUACGACUGAUAAUCUGCAAGGAUAUCUCUAUGAUUUGGUAUCAUUUUUAUUGUGUAAUCCUUCCGUUAACUGUCGUAGGAUGCCUCACUACAUUAGUGGUGGUAUUCUUUUUCUGUGUCAUGUUUAAAGGAGGAUAUUUAAAGUUAAAAAGGCAAAAAGUGACUUUAUGGAUGAAGAUUGUCAAUUUUCAGUUAAAAAUCCUCCCAAAAUCAUUACCUGAGUUCUAAUGUAGGGCUCCCAAAUGACCAAGUAUCCAUGAAAUCCAUCCUAAUUAGAAUUAAGGCACUCGGGUGAGGAGGAAAUCCCAGUGGGUGGUAGAAAGUCACCUUGACUGGCAGUGUUAGCUGUAGAGUGCAGUGUCAAAUUGGCUAUGGGAAUUUUGGAGUGCCAUCGAUGGGUGAGGCGGAAAUAAGGAAGAUCUUUUCAGGUACAUGAGUUUUUUAGCCAGUUAAAUGUUAAAAGCAACAGUAGAUUCUACCAUAAAUUGCAAUCGAUCAGAUUUUAUCAAUGUUUAUAAAUUCUUAUUUUGUUUCAACCCUGAUGUAUUCUAAUACUGGUCCCACAAUACCCACUGGUUCCACAUUCCAAGAUGAUCCAUACAGUUUUUCUUUCCUGACAAGGAUUUAAUUUUCAAGUAAUUUACCAUGUGAGGGUGAGAUAGUUUGUAACAUAUUAAUGAACCUUCAUGCUCCUAUUCUUUGUAAAUCUGCUGCUCACAACCUCCUUUUCAUUCAUCACCUUUGUCCUUGCUGAUCUUCAUUGGUUCCUAGUAAGUUUUAAAUUUUUAUCCAUGUUCUCAAAUGUCUCCAUUGCUAUUCCCUCCUUGCCAAUUGUAAUCUUCUCCACUUUACAAUACUUGCAGUCCCCAAUUCUAGCCUCUUGAUCACCCUUGCAUUUAAUUGCUCCACAGCUGAUGGCUGCAUCUUCAGCUACCAACUCUAAAGCCCAGAAUUCACGACUUAAAAGAGGAUAGGUACAGAAAUAGUUUAACACACUCAAAAUCUGCCUCUGUGAGCAACCUUUUGGUCAUCCGUCUUAACAUUUCCACAUGACUCAAUAUCAUAUUUUGUUCAGCAAGGUUGUUGUGAAUUACCUUGGGAUGUUUUGCUAUGCAAAGUUGCCUCGGAGAAUUAUAAGUUAUAUCUUAUAUUCUGCUUUGUAUGCUUGUAUUUUGGUGGCCCACUGGCCAGAAAAUUUCAUUUUCCCGAGGCUGAUACCUGAGAAGUGGAUAAAUCCCAAGUCAGAAUCAGGAUUCAUCAUGUCAACACAAUGAAAUAUUAUUAGAUUAAUGGAAACAUGGACUUAUCCUUUGCAUAUAAUCUUUAACUCUGUGGUUUCACCUUUUCAGCUUACAAUGUUAAACCUUCAGGCAUUGUUAUAAAAGGAAAUAUACUCUUCUCUCAGAAGUGCAGUUAAUUUGCACAACAGUUUGAGGUCCAAGGUGGAGGGCAUUCUUCUGGGAGAUUGCUGGCAAUUUUUCUUUUUGAAAUGGAUAACAUUAAUCCACAAACUCAAUAAUGCAGAAUCUACCAACACGAUUUAUGCCCCACCAAAGUUAAAUUGGUGCUUCUGAAUACAGCAAUGGACAUGAAGUCUGCUACAUGCAAUUUUUGUACAAAAGUUGCAUCUUUUUCUAGUAAGCAAUAGUUAUACACAUUUUAUGACCAAAUAUAAUCAGUUAUGUGAGUGGCACUACAUAAUUACAUUGCUGCAAGUUAUAUUCUUUAGAAAAUCACCCCUUGACUUUCACUAACCACUUAAAAUGUGUUCUGUCAUAUAAGUGGAGCUAUUAAUGUACAGGCAUUAAGAUGUGCCCGGUGACAUCACAGUAGAACAGAGAUGAAUCUCUGCUUCAGAAUAUAUUAAUAAAGUUACAUCAAUCUAUACCUUACACAACAAUUAUAUUUUUACUAAGUUAUCUAGGAUGUUACGCUAUUUGAUUCUAAUUCAUUUGCAAGACUGUGCCUUGAGUGAGUGUGGAUGCCUUUGCUAUGAUUUUCUAUUUAUCUUAUGUGCACCCUUAC